AUGAGUAGUUGGUGCUCGUGGAAUGUGCGGGGUUUGAAUGUCGCCGCAAAGGGCCGUGAGGUCCGCUCUUUUCUGGGUAGUGUUCGUGUUGAGUUUUGUUGUCUUUUGGAGACUCGUGUUUUGCAGCGUAAUUUUGCCUGUCUUUCGCCCCUUCCAGGAGCAUUGGCAGUGCGUGAGCAGUUACUCUUCUUCUGGUGUUGGUUCUUUGUGUUUGCUUCUAAUUUCACCUUUGAGCAGGCUCUGUUGUGGGACUCUCUGGUGUCCAUUUGUUCGGCAUGUUGUGGUCCUGGUGUGGUGAUGGGUGAUUUUAAUGCUAUUCGGCAUUCGUCUGAGGUGCUGGGUGGUAGUCCUGUUUUGACAGAUAUUGAUGUGAACCAAGGAAGCACCAUUGUCAUGCCUCAAGGACCCAUAACGAGAUCAAGAUCCAAGAAGGAAGAUCAAGAGAGAGAUGGUCCAUUUCAAGUUCUCGAGCGCAUCAACGACAAUGCUUAUAAAAUUGAUUUACCAGGUGAUGGCUAUGAUUCGAGGACGAAUCCUUCUCAAGAGAGGGAGGAUGAUGUGAACCAAGGAAGCACCAUUGUCAUGCCUCAAGGACCCAUAACGAGAUCAAGAUCCAAGAAGCUACAACAAGCUUUACUUUCUUAUGUUCAAUACUUGGCUGAUUUGGUGGAGCCUCGUGUUUCUGGAUCAUGGUUCACCUGGACAAAUAAACAUUUGGGGGCUGGUCUUAUUCUCAAGCACCUUGAUCGUGUUUUGGUCAAUUCCGCUUGGUUUGGUUCCAUGCCUGUUUUUGAGGUUCAGGUUCGUGAGUGGGGUGUCUCUGAUCAUUGCCCUCUUGUUUUUCUUGUUGGUACUGUGGUGCCUAAGGGCCGCCCGUCUUUUCAGUUCUUUGACUAUUGGGCUUCUGAUCCCCUGUUCUUGUCAGUCGUUCGGGACACGUGGCAGGUUCAUUCUCAGGUUUCGCCUCUUGUGAGUUUUGGUAUGAAUCUUCGUGCUUUGAAGCCUGUGUUGCGUCGUUUCGGUCAUCAGAUUGAUACUAUCCAGAAGGGUGUGCAGGAGGCACGUGCUCGUAUGCUUGCUACUCAGGCUUUACUUUUGAGUGUCCCUUCUUCGAUAGGUGCUCAGGAGGAGGAGAGGGUCGCCACUCGUGAUUUCUGGGACUGGGCUGUGAUGGAGGAGGCUUCGUUGCGACAGAAGUCCCAGGUCCGGUGGCUAUCUUUGGGAGACCAGAACUCUACUUUUUUCCACCGUUGUGUUCGCGACCGGAUUGUUCGGAAUGAUCUUGCCUCUUUGACUGAUGAUGUAGGUCGGGUUGUUACUGAUCGCGCUGAGAUUGCUCGACUGACGGUUGGUUUUUAUCGUCGGUUGAUGGGGUCUGAGUGUGUAGGUUAUCGUGAUCUUACUGCUCGUCUGGCUGCUAUUGUGGAUUUUGUGUGGCCUCCUGAGUGUGGGGUGGAGUUAUGUCGUCCUGUUACUUCUCUGGAGGUGUGGGAAGUGUUGUUUUCGAUGAAUAUUGGUAAGGCUCCUGGUCCGGAUGGGUUCUCAGUGGGCUUCUUUAAGGCGGCUUGGAGUAUUGUGGGCGAUGACUUUUGUUCGUCUCAUCGGGUUUCAUAUUGGUCUACUGAGCUUACUUGGAUUUGUCAUGUUAGUGCUGGGUCGUCUUCUCGGCGGCAUGUGUGGCGGUUAGCUUGGACUUCGACUGUCUCUCUCCUUUGGCGGGAGCGGAACCUUCGUAUUCAUGGUGGUCAGGGUCGCUUGUCAUCUGUGCUCCUUAGGGUUAUUAAAGCAGAGGUGUAUUUUCGUUGCACUACUUGGCCAGGGAGUUGUUGUAAGAGCUCUGAGCCUAUGCUUGUCUCUGCUUGA